AUGGAUGGACAUGCACGUUUUUAUCCCGCGUUCAUGUAUCCGAGGGAGUUUGGUGGCUCCGUGGACGGAAGCGGCCAUCAUUCUCAUGCCUUGAUUUCUGGUCAGCCUCCAGCCUGCUAUUACGCCUACGCCCAGGAACACGGAGGUUACGGCGGUCAAGCCAUGUCUGUUGUUGAGCAGGAGCAGCACCAGCAACAAUUGGACUCAGUCCACCCAACCUUCGCCUCCAACCACCAACAGCAUUCCGGAAUGGGACACCAUCAGUCGAGGUGCUACAGCAGAGGGCUAGAUGGCAGUCAUUCGGCUUCUGGGCGCCUCCACCACCCUUGCUCCCAUGGAUCACUUCAGCAGGCGCACCAUCACUCCCCUUCUCAGCACAUCCCUGGCGCCCAUCUUCAGCAUCCUUCCAAUGUGGAGACAGGGACUCACGAAGCAGCCCACAAAGGCGCGCCCGCUUCUAUAGACCCCAUUUCCGCCACACCGGUGCCAGCUCAUCACAGCUCGGCUUCGGUGAUGCCGGGACCGCAUUUAGACCACCACGGAUUAGCAAUGCAUAUGAACGACCCUCCACCAGCCCACAGCCAGAAUGCGUGCCCUACCUCGCCUACCGCUUCUCUCUCGGACUCGGAUAUACACCAUCAGCACCAGCAUUCUCAGACUCUACCAUUUCCUUGGAUGAAGACCACGAAAUCCCACGCGCAUCAAUGGAAGGCGCAUUGGCCAGGUAAGGAGAGUUUUAUUUGA